CCUGUGGAGUGUUGCCUUGAAGCGGGAACACACUGGCCACAUCCGACUCGUUUUACGCGCAAGGCCGGCAGUUGUGUUUUUUCCUACCCCCUAAGCAGACUUGGCCAGCUUCAUGGAGUCUUCUGCUGGAACACAGCUCUGCAUGGAGUGAGCGAGCGUGUGUCUGUCUAUGUGAUGUUGGCCUUGUCUCACUGCAGCUUCCAGGGUUUGCAGAGCAAAAAGGAAGAAAGUGCCUCUGGCCCGUGCAGCUUUGCCCCUCCUCCAUUGCAGCCGAUCAUUAGGGCUUGUCCAGGGAGCGUUGGUACUGGGCAGAGAGAGCUGAAGCCAGGAUUCUUUCUUUCUUUCUUUCCCAGUGCCAACUCCUUUCCACUGUGGCAUAUAACCUUACCACAGCAGGCCUUUCAAACACAGCAUUCUGUGGCAGCCCCUCCCUCACAAUUCAGGAACUGCCCCUACAGGAGACAAACUCUCUUUAGAACCAUUUUUGGCUUCCCUUGUGGGCGGGGUUGGGAAGUGCUCUGAAUGAGCACAACACAGCUAAACACCACAAAGACUUGGAGGCAAAUAAAUCCUUUUAAGGCAACUGCUGUAGCCGUUCCAUGGGGAGAAGAAAUUGGGCCUGGAACAGCCUCCCCUUGAUCCCUAGACCCUUUUUUGAAAGCCCUGCCAGCUGCUAGCCAAAAAUAAACUUCAAUUCCACACCAUAUUUGUGCAAGGGACCAGGGAGGUCUCAGCCCUCCUCUUGCUGGAGCACGCUCCCUUCUGCCAGCAGACACUCAGCAGUGAGUGAUGCAGAUAACGCAGCUGAACUGGGAAUGCCUCCUGCACAUUUUUUCUUUUCUGGACAAAGACAGCAGGAAAAGCUUAGCCCAGACAUGCCACCGGCUGCUCAGUGUCUUCCAGGACCCCUCCCUGUGGCCUCUGCUGCACUUCCACUCUCCUGCAGAAUUAACCAAGGGGAACUUUGUGCUGGGAGCAGCCUUGCGCGUUCUCUCCAUCCGCUGGCAUUCGAGCAGAGUCAAAGUGUGCAACGUUGAGGACUGGAUGAAAAGCACCUUCCAGAGGGAUCUCUGCAGCAGGCACCAGCACACCGUCAAUGACGUUCUACUCCAAGUUGGGAACAGGUGCCCAAACCUGUGCUCCUUGACUCUUUCUGGAUGUGGCCACGUCACUGAUGAUUAUCUCACAUUGCUUCUUAAGAGCUGCUCCUUCCUCAGGACUCUCCAGCUGGAAAAUUGUGUCCAGAUUACUGACCGGACUUUGGAAGCUGUGACCCUCUAUGCGGACCGUUUACAAACUCUGCAUGUGGACUUCUGCAGAAAUAUAACCCAGGCUGGCUUGCAGAGAGUCCGGGAGAAGUGCCCAGCACUAACUUUGAAAGCAGAGAGAAGUGCAAACAUGAUUCCAGACAAAAAACCAGGCAACAAUUGGUCAGAAAGGGCAUUCAAGAAAUUGCUGUGGCACUAGCCAAGAGAGAGAAGCAGCCAGGGCGAUUCCCUCCCCCUGCCCCCACACACCUCUUUACUCCUGUGCCAAUUGGUGCUCAGACUCUUGUGUCUAUAUGUAUCCAGAGAUGUGAAAUCUAGGCACGGCCAGCAGGAGGGGACGGCAUCUGCUACUGGGAAUUAAAAGCUACAGGAUUGCCCAGCUGUUCCACAAAACUGGAAAAGUCUUACAAAAAUAUGAAGCUGAAAAGGGAAAGAAAAGCAGCCAAACUGCUCUGAAUCCUAGUUUGCCCAUUACACCACGAACACUCAAACCAUGGGGCGGGUCCUUAGUUAUCUGAACCCAAUCACUGCACAAGCCACAGGGGGAGGUAGCAAUACCAUAAUUCAGUUCUUGAAUAUGCUUUAUUUUCUCUGCAUAAGGAACCCUGCACAGGCAUUUCAAAGUAAAACAAAAAUAAAUAUAUGAAUAUUCAUGUAAAA